CUCAAAGCUCUCUAAAUUUUUUUCAUUCUCUCUCUUUCUCUCUCCUGUUUGUGCCUGUGUCGGUGUACAUACACAGAUCUAGUUUACUCCACGUUGUUCAUUUCUUAAUCAAGUUUUGAUUUUUGAGCUGAAAUAAAUCGUGGGGUUGUGUUGUUUUUGCCUUUUGUGGUGAAGGUAGCUAAAGGGUAAUUGUUUUAAGGUUGGAUCUUUGGUGGGGUUGUGAAAAUGAGGGUGAUUUAAUUACUGGGUUGGAGUAGUGUCACUAUAUAAUUGUGGGUGGUUGAUGGUUUUUGUAUAGGUUGGUGGUUUUGUUGUUGUGGUUUUUGAUUUUUAAGGGAAGGUGUAUGUGGGAUCUUAUUUUGAGUCUAUGUUUUGUCAAGAGAAGAAUAAGGUGGGAUUGUUGUGCUUUUGUGAUAAUGUGUAGGGGUAGAUGGGGAAAAUGUGGAUGAGUUGAGGUGAUAAAGUUUUGUGUUUUUGGGGUUUUUUUUUUUGUUGUUGUUGGUGAAUUGUUUGGUUUGUGUUUGAUCUUUUGCCUCAUAGGGAUUUUUGGGAAGAUUUGUGGGUGUCAGAAGAUAAUGCAGCAAGAUCAUAGAAAAAAGAAUUCGACGGAGAUGGACUUCUUCUCUGAGUAUGGCGAUGCCAACCGGUACAAAAUCCAAGAAGUCAUUGGUAAAGGAAGUUACGGCGUUGUCUGUUCGGCCAUUGACACUCAUACCGGUGAAAAAGUCGCCAUUAAGAAAAUUCACGACAUAUUCGAGCAUAUAUCUGAUGCUGCGCGUAUUCUCCGCGAGAUAAAGCUGCUUAGACUUCUACGACAUCCUGAUAUUGUUGAAAUAAAACACAUUAUGCUUCCUCCUUCUAGGAAGGAUUUCAAAGAUAUUUAUGUUGUUUUCGAGCUCAUGGAGUCCGAUCUUCAUCAAGUCAUUAAAGCAAACGAUGACUUGACAAAAGAGCACUAUCAGUUUUUUCUUUAUCAAUUGCUUCGAGCACUGAAGUAUAUUCACACUGCAAAUGUCUAUCAUCGAGAUUUGAAGCCAAAAAAUAUACUGGCAAACGCAAAUUGUAAACUUAAAAUUUGCGAUUUUGGUCUAGCUAGAGUUGCAUUCAGUGACACACCAACAACCGUAUUUUGGACGGACUAUGUCGCUACAAGGUGGUAUAGAGCUCCAGAGCUGUGCGGAUCCUUUUACUCAAAGUAUACACCCGCCAUUGAUAUAUGGAGUAUAGGUUGCAUCUUUGCUGAAGUAUUAACAGGAAAGCCUCUUUUUCCUGGAAAGAAUGUGGUCCAUCAAUUGGAUCUGAUGACAGAUCUGCUCGGUACUCCAUCACUGGAUACUAUAUCACGGGUGCGCAACGAGAAGGCAAGAAGAUAUCUUACUAGCAUGAGAAAAAAACAGCCUGUGCCAUUUGCACAGAAAUUUCCAAAUGCUGACCCUUUAGCUCUACGACUAUUGGAAAGGUUGCUUGCUUUUGACCCAAAAGACCGACCUACUGCUGAAGAGGCACUGGCCGACCCUUACUUCAAGGGACUCGCAAAAGUUGAGAGGGAACCGUCCUGCCAGCCUAUCACCAAAAUGGAGUUUGAAUUUGAAAGACGGAGAGUCACAAAGGAAGAAAUUCGAGAGCUAAUUUUCCGUGAGAUUCUAGAGUAUCAUCCUCAACUUUUAAAAGACUACAUCAAUGGAACAGAAAGAACUAAUUUUCUCUAUCCAAGUGCCGUGGAUCAAUUCAGAAAGCAGUUUGCUCAUCUAGAGGAAAAUGGUAAAAACGGUCCUGUUAUACCACUUGACCGAAAACAUGUUUCUCUUCCAAGGUCAACAAUUGUACAUUCGUUACCUCAAAAAGAGCAAACUAGUGUUGCUUCUAGCAAACACCGACCUGCACCUGAAGAAUAUAAUAAGAUCACUAGAGAUACCGAAAUUCCAAUGCCAAGGACAAUCCAGGGACCGCAAAGAAUUCCGCUAUCAAAGCCUGGUAAAGUUGUCGGGCCGGUUGUUCCCUACGAGUAUGGAAAUAUUGUUAAGGAUUCUUAUGAUCCAAGGGCGUUUAUCCGAGGUUCUGUGCUUCCUCCUCAAACUGUUCCGCCAGCAUAUUACUAUCAAAGGCCGCCACCGCCUAGUAGCACUGCUAAUCAAGAGAGGUCAGCAAAAGAAACCGAUAAGGGUGUCGUGUUGCAAGCCAAACAUGGACAACAAUGCGGAGUUAAUGCGAAGAUGGGACCAGAUAUAGCCAUUAACAUUGAUACAAAUCCCUUUUUCAUGACAAGGGUAGGAGCAAACAAGUUAGAAAAAGAUGAUCAAAUUGCUAUAGAAACAAACUUGUUGCAAUCAAAGGCUCAAUAUGGUGGAGUUGGUGCUGCAGCUGGGGCAACUGCUCAUAGAAAAGUUGGAACUGUACAAUAUGGUAUGACAAGAAUGUUCUAGGAAGGAAUUAGAUUCCCUGCAAUAUCUGUGGCACUUCUCGAUUGUCAUGGCACUUCUCGAUUGUCAAUCUUGAUCAUCAAUUGAAAUCGAGAAGUGCGCAUUAUUACUGCAGGGAAUCUGGAACCUUCUAGAAGAGGGUUUUCUUGUGAAUAUAUUGUCCAGGAGGAGCAUUGCAAAAAAAGGCUCUUUGUAGGGAAGGAUCUAUGUGGUCAUUGUUUGUACAAAAAUGUGAGGGAGUGUGAUGAGGAUCAUUGUGGAAGUACUUCCCUUGAAAGAGUUAGGUUUCUGUGGUGAAAAAGCUUUGAACUUUUGGCUAACAACUAUCAAGAAACUGUAACAUUGAAAUUGUGUAUGUUAAUCCAUAUCCAUCUUAGUGUUUGUGGUUAGAGAUGGCAAUUGAAUUUAGAUCUACCUGAGGAUGUGUUGAAUAAACAACUUAUUUAGACUUUAUAGUACAAGUGGUUAU